GGUUUUUCCUUGUUGUGAAAUUGACAUCUCUGAAGACAACUUAUUUUAUAAAAGAUCGAUUAUCCUGUUAAGAGCGUGUACAGUUUUUAUGCUGUUUUAUUUGACUUAAAGGCUGGAAGACAGAAACAAAGUGAGUUCAGGCAAAUUCACUGUAGUGUAAUUUAUUUAUAGUGCCUUUUUUCCUUGAAGGAAAAUACCUACUUUAAGAUGUAUUUUAAGACUGAAAUUUUGUUCUUCAGUAUUUGUCAUACAGUAGAAUGGAACCAUUGAGCUGGUUUUGUUUCUGAUACCUGAAAUGAAAAUACUAUGUUCCAAAAUUGUCACUUUUUUCAGCUUUAUUAUCUGUAGCUUAUUAUGUACAUUGUAUCCUUUAGCACCGUCUGUGUCAUAGCAAAAUAUUAUCACCUGCAGUGUGUUUAACAGUGAUUAGAAGCGACGUUAAACGCUGCAGAAUUCGUUUGCAUGUUCUUACUGUGCACUAAUAGAAUGUUUUCAUUUCGGUUGUCUCUAAAAUAUCUUUAUAUUCUUAACUAGAUGCUCAAUUUAAACGGAGGAAGGAAAAGGGUGACAGAUCUUUGUUUUGCUGUUUAAGGGAAAGGGAGUUAAGAGAGCUCUGUGAGCUAGCUAAACUGCUAAAGGGAUAUAGCAAUUCCUACAGUUUCAAGAUUCUGACCUGAUUCAGGAAUACGUGCUAAUUUCAGAAAGCAGCUGCAGUAAGGAAGGGUGCUUAAACACGUAUUCUUUCUAAAGGAUCUGCUUUGAGGUUACUGCAUGUGACUUCUUUUGAACAGUGACGCUUUCCAGGGAGGAAGUUACAAUUCUGGGAGAUAUAGCUCACUUGAUUGCUGGUUGGAUGAGCUGAGAUCUGGUAAAAAUAAUUUUACUUGUUCAUUGUCGUGAAAGACUGUCGCUCUGCAUUCCCGAGAAUGCCAGUUUUGUGUCCUUGCAUCCUGCAAGUAUGUAAAAAUACUUCUUUACUAAGCUACUAUAAUAGAGCUUCUUGUAUUUUUCUAAUUAUGCAUUACCUACAAAAAGAGGUGCCCAACACAAGACUAACUUUGCAAAUUGCUAGAAUUGCCUAGAAAGAAGAUCAUGCUCUCUUUUCAUCAAGGGGAUGUGCCCAGGUCAGAUUGGCUUCAAAUUUUUAUGCCAAGAAACCAAAGCAGCAGCAGUCAGAAACUAAGCAGAUUCAUGAAAACCUCUGAUCAAUGGGAGUACUUUAAAAUAUUUUGCAAGCAUUCUUUGUAUCAAGAGCUUGUAUUCUGUAAGUGUGUCAAAAGUAAGGAAAACCUGAAAGUGAAGCUGAAUUGCUUCUUAUUUGCUCAAUCUGAGGCCACAUGUAUUGGACAUGGGGAGUUAAAUCUCAGUCAUUACUCAGUGAGGAUGAUUAGCAAAGACAGUUAAUUUUAAACUAGUACUUAAACUAUACAGAUAACAAACAAGUUGUUAGUGUUUGGGUAAAAGUCUAGGGACAGCAAGCUUUCAGGUGCCUGUUACUUGAAAUGAUCAGUUGGUCGGAAUUUCAUGUCUCAUGAUCAGUGGAGGCCCUUUCAUAGUAGUAUUUAUCCUAAGUUACCAUGCAGUGCUUCCAGAAAUACUUGCUUUGUGCUAAGAAUAGACAACACCGUGUUCUCAUGGCAGAGUCUGAAUACUGGAAGAGGUUGCCCAGAGAGGUUAUGAGCUCUCUGUCCAUGGAGGGAUCGAGGACUUGAUUGGGUAUGGUCCAGGGCAGCCUGGUUGCAUUAGACCCACCUUGUGCAAGGGCUGGGUUGGGAGCCUUCCUCCCACCCUAAAUUGAUCUCUGACCAUAUAAAUGUAACAAAGGGACGAUGUCUGGUGGCUUCUCUGUUAGGGGGUUCUGUUGGUGUUUUUAAUUAGUGACCGCUGUGAGACGUCAUCAUUUUAUCUCGUGAGUCUGUGAUUCUGACUACUGUAACGAGUUCUGUCUUGAUGUGGUAAUGAGUUAUCAUAUUCAGUAUUCAUCUCUCUUGUUUUUGUCACAGUUCUGUAUGAUUGUGUCAUUUUUGUAUUAUUUGAAAGUAUUUCUUCUACAAAAUAAAAUAAUUUGCCAUAAACAAAUAGAAUUCUGUUUAAUGCCACAGAAGAAGACAUUGUUUCAGGGGUUUAUAUUUGCCACGUUUGUGACCCUUUCAUAAAGACAUUGUAUAUUUGUGUAACAGUGAAUGCUUUCAAAUAAAAGAAAGAGGAAAUCUGUGAAUUCAGAGAUUCUAGAGAGGUUACACUGAAGACCUGAAAUGGAUGCGGAGCGUAAAGAAUGGCGGAUAUGUUUUCCUAUGUGGUUACUAUUCACAAUGAGUUGACACCUGUAUCUAAAGCUCAUGGUUGAAUAUUCCAAAUUCCUGGCUGGCUCCUCUACCACACACUGAGUUGUCUUUUUUUUUUUUUUCUUUUUUUCCUAGCAGGAUUUCUUACUUGGUAGAUUUGUAUUUGGACACUGUUAUUCCUAUAGUAUCUUAGUUCAUGACCAGUCCCAGUCUGGAAACCACUCAAAAGAACACACAUGAACAUUUUUAGGCUGAAUUUUAUUGGCACUUUCCACCUUAAUAUUUGUAGAAAGACCCUUGUUGUUGCUGUUGUUGCUCUCUACUACCCUAAGCUGCAGGAGCACAGUCAGAAUGGAAGUACUGACACAUGACACCUUUCUCUGUGCAGGAUUUGCAAGGCGUUAAGGGUAUGACAGAGUUUAGGUUAUUUUUAAAAUGGUCUGCUUGAAAUAGUCAUCUGGAAUACCAACUGUCUCGCUACCAUCAGGAUCAGCUACAAAAGUUGGAAUGGACCCUAAUAUGGUUAAUGCAGGAGAAAUGAAUGGUUCUGGCAACCUGAUGGAUUUUCUGGAUGAGCCUUUUCCUGACGUUGGGACUUAUGAAGAUUUCCACACUAUUGACUGGCUGCGAGAGAAAUCACGUGACACUGACCGCCAUAGGAAGAUUACAAGCAAAAGUAAGGAAUCCAUAUGGGAAUUCAUCAAGAGUUUGCUGGAUGCCUGGUCAGGAUGGGUUGUAAUGCUUCUCAUAGGACUACUGGCAGGCACAUUAGCUGGAGUGAUAGAUUUAGCUGUGGAUUGGAUGACAGACCUGAAGGAAGGUGUCUGCCUGUCUGCAUUCUGGUACAGCCACGAGCAGUGCUGCUGGACGUCUAAUGAAACGACCUUUGAUGACAGAGACAAAUGUCCCCAGUGGCAGAAAUGGUCUGAACUUCUUGUAAACCAAUCAGAGGGUGCGAGUGCUUACAUUCUGAACUAUUUUCUGUACAUUCUGUGGGCUCUAUGUUUUGCUUUCCUGGCAGUCUCCCUGGUCAGGGUGUUUGCUCCCUAUGCUUGCGGCUCCGGAAUCCCAGAGAUAAAAACCAUCUUGAGUGGGUUCAUUAUUAGGGGCUACCUGGGAAAGUGGACACUUUUGAUUAAAACAGUCACCUUGGUUCUGGUGGUAUCUUCAGGCCUCAGUCUUGGGAAAGAAGGGCCCUUAGUCCACGUGGCCUGUUGCUGCGGAAACUUCUUCAGCAGCCUCUUCUCCAAGUACAGCAAGAACGAAGGAAAAAGAAGAGAGGUUCUUUCAGCUGCAGCAGCUGCAGGAGUUUCUGUUGCCUUUGGGGCUCCAAUUGGAGGUGUACUUUUUAGCCUGGAAGAGGUCAGCUAUUACUUUCCCCUGAAAACCCUCUGGAGGUCAUUUUUCGCUGCUCUUGUGGCUGCCUUCACACUGAGGUCCAUCAAUCCUUUUGGAAAUAGCCGACUGGUCCUUUUCUACGUGGAGUACCAUACCCCCUGGUACAUGGCUGAGCUCUUCCCCUUUAUCCUUCUUGGCGUCUUCGGUGGCCUCUGGGGGACCCUCUUUAUCCGCUGCAACAUUGCCUGGUGUAGGAGGCGAAAAACCACCAGGCUUGGGAAAUACCCGGUCCUGGAAGUUAUUGUGAUAACAGCCAUCACUGCCAUCAUCGCCUACCCCAACCCGUACACCCGGAGGAGCACCAGUGAGCUGAUCUCAGAGCUCUUCAAUGACUGCGGUGCUCUGGAGUCCUCCCAGCUCUGCGACUACAUCAAUGACCCAAACAUGACCCGGCCAGUGGAUGACAUUCCUGACAGACCUGCUGGCCCUGGAGUCUACACUGCCAUGUGGCAGCUCGCCUUGGCUCUGGUGUUUAAAAUUGUCAUCACAAUAUUCACUUUCGGCAUGAAGAUUCCUUCAGGCCUUUUCAUUCCCAGUAUGGCUGUUGGAGCCAUGGCUGGCAGGAUGGUUGGAAUUGGAGUAGAGCAGUUGGCCUAUCACCAUCAUGACUGGAUCAUCUUCAGGAACUGGUGCAGACCUGGGGCAGACUGCGUCACGCCAGGACUUUAUGCUAUGGUGGGAGCGGCUGCUUGCUUGGGUGGUGUUACUCGAAUGACCGUCUCUUUGGUGGUGAUUAUGUUUGAGCUAACUGGAGGCUUGGAGUAUAUUGUACCUCUUAUGGCUGCAGCUGUCACAAGCAAGUGGGUGGCAGAUGCCUUUGGGAAAGAAGGGAUCUAUGAAGCUCACAUCCAUCUCAACGGUUACCCGUUUCUAGAUGUGAAGGAUGAAUUCACCCACCGAACUCUGGCAACAGAUGUCAUGAGACCAAGACGUGGUGAAGCUCCUCUUUCUGUUCUGACACAGGACAGCAUGACUGUGGAGGAUGUUGAGACAUUAAUUAAGGAGACUGACUACAAUGGCUUCCCAGUUGUGGUCUCAAAAGACUCGGAGAGACUUAUUGGAUUUGCACAAAGACGAGAGCUCAUUCUUGCAAUAAAGAAUGCACGACAGCGUCAAGAUGGGGUGGUGAGCAACUCCCUUGUGUAUUUCACUGAAGAUCCUCCAGAACUGCCACCCAAUAGUCCCCAUCCUCUGAAGCUGCGGCGUAUUCUCAACCUGAGCCCUUUCACUGUCACUGACCACACACCGAUGGAGACUGUGGUAGAUAUCUUCCGGAAACUUGGGCUCCGACAGUGUCUUGUCACUCGCAGUGGGAGGCUGCUGGGUAUCAUAACUAAAAAGGAUGUAUUACGACAUAUGGCUCAAAUGGCAAACCAGGACCCUGAAUCUAUCAUGUUUAACUAGAAUGUUAAAGGAAUAAGGAAGUAAUCCCAAAGGAAUCCUUUCUAGAUUAACACAGAGGUGUUCAAUGUUUCUUUUUAUUUCAAAGGAAAAUGUAAUGUGUAUGAGGAAUGGUCUAAUAGGUCUCUGACAGAGGGCGUGGAUGCAGGAUGGCACUUAUUUAAUGAGGAAGGCAGUUUAGAAGCUCUGAGCAGCUGCAGACAUCAAGCUGUGUUUUCUUAAUGAGUUUCCUAACAGCUCAAUUGGUGCACUGGUGGGUGUAAGUGAUGUGGUGCUGAGAGACAAAGAGCCAGGAGCAGCAGAGGGAUGCAUCAACAUUCACAGGAACUCAGGAGGCAGGUGUGAAGACUAGCAGACACUGUUUUUGUAUAAACUGUUAACAAAGAUUUGUGUUCCAAACUAGAGAGUGUGUAUGAGCAACGUCAGUUGUUUUUAUUACUGAAACCAUGGCUAUUUAUUUGCUAUUGAUUAAUACCAUUUUCAUGAGGAAAAAAGAAAGUCAUAUUUUAAAGUCCAACAUUUUGUCACCUUCACUUAUUUUUGUAAAAGUUAAGUAAAUUCAGGACUGAAAUUAAAGGAGCAAGAGCACAUUUCAAUUCACUUUAAAAUAUAGUGGCUGCUGCUCCCCUCUUUAGUCCUUUGAAUUUUACAAUUUAUAUACCUAUACAGUUUGUAAGUAUACAGUUCAAUAUUUCUGUCAAUCAGCUUUUCUUUAUUAAUGUGAAAAUGUGACUUAUUUCUAAGAAGCAUGAGGAAAAACUUCUUUACUGUGAGGGUGAUGGAGCACUGGCACAGCUUGCUCAGAAAGGCUGUGAAGUCUCCUUUCUUUGAAGAUAUUCAAAACCCACCUUGGAUGUGAUCUUGUGCAAUGUGCUUGAGCAGGGGGAUUGGAAUAGGUGAUCUUUAGAGGUCCCUCCCAACCUCAACCAUUGUGUGUGUGUGAUUUCCUAUUUCUCUAUGCAAUUUUGGGUACAGAUACUGUAAUACUUAGUAUUAUGUGGUUUGCUGUGACAGUAGAAAAAAGCAUGAAAGCAAGCGAAGGAAUUUUAAAAGACACAAAAGGGAGAAUGGUAUCCAGCUCUAAUCAGUGCUGGUGACAAGAGAUUGAAUACUUCACCUGUCACUUCUUGCGUAAAGGGAAAUUGUCAUUUUUCACAGAAAUUGGAAAUUCUGCAUUGAUUCCUGAUUCUCCUCUUAGUUCCUUUCCUUCACUGGCUUUUCUUGACGCUUGUCUGCACCUGCCAAGAGAUUGCUUUAGUUAAUUUAACAACCACAGACAUUUAUUCUGUAGCAUAUUUGUUCUUUAUGCUGCAUCUGCCAGUCAUGGGACUGCAGAAUCCCUCCCCACUGCAUUGUGGAAGGGAUAAGGGAUCAAAUGGACUGAGGAUGCAGCCAACAAUAGAAAGGCUUUAAUUGUUUAUGUGUUCGUAGCAAGAAAACAUGAUUUAACACCCCCACACAGGGACAUCCAAGCCACUCAGGUAAAAAUGUUACAUUUUCUUAAACCUUUGCUCUAGUCCUGUAUGAGAUACAUGGGGUCAACAUUUUCUGUGUUAACACACUAGCACUUUAGUCAUUACUGAUUUCAGUAAUAGACAACCAAAUUCUACUCUCAGUUACACCUAAUCCAUGCUGCCCAGCGUUUGGUUUGUAAGCUUGAAGAUAAUGAGUGGAUGGUUAUUUAGAUGCUCUGAAUCUCCACCAGGAGGGCCUUCUGACUGCCCAAGUCUCUGAACAAACCAUUGAUUUAGGCAGCUAAAACCUCUACUAUUUUUGCUCAGAAUUAUACAGAUAACAGAAGCUCAAGUCUACUGCACCCAAAAGGUUUUCAAGGACAGAGAUGAGAAGAUUAUGCCAGAAGAACCAGACAAAAGCCAUACUAUCGAGCCAACUUGAAGGCAUGAUCAUUGUGUCCCUGAAUUGAGACAGCUAGCCAGGUGCACCCUAAGUUAGAUGCCCAAAAUUACAAAUUCCUACUCUUAUCUACAGAGACCCUGCUUCCUUCUGGCAGGUGUCCUACUGCAUUCAGAUAAAGUAAAGUAUGGCUCAAAUUGUUUAAGAGAAAGAAAGGGAUAGUUUUAAUUUGCCAAGUACAGCAUUUAACAAUAGUGUUUGCAACAGACUGACAUAAAUACAUGUAGCUCUGACCAAAUCCCAUAAAUAGUGAAGUGUGUAUUCUUUUUGUUAACUGAACAUCUGCAGCAUGAUGUAUUAUUAAAGGCAUAUUGUUAAACGUAAACCAUGGGACUGAGUAACCCUUCUGAAAAUAGGAAAUGCAACAUAGUGUUGCUGCUUCUUUUGUUUUGCUACAAAGCAAUCAUCAAUGAAACUCACAAAAAAGCAACCAAGUUAACCACAAAUCUCAUGAAAACUGGAUUGCAUCAUCUGUAGAGGGAUUUUAAAAUUCAUUUUAAAAAUCAGUGAUUUCCCCAAACUAAACCCAAAUGUAAGGUUCUGCUCCAAAUUAAUAGAAUCUAAAUAGACUAACUUCUGGGGGCAACUUUUUUCUGCAAUUAAAACUGAAAGACUGGGUUUUACUUUUCACUUUUAUGGCUCCUAACAUUAACAUAUGCUUGAUGAACACUUUCUCCAUCUCCUUUUAUGUUUAUAUGGGAAGUAAGUACGCAGACUCUAACCACUUGAUCACUGCUAAAUACCUCUUUUGCUCAUAAGACAAGAGAAAUAAGUUCACUUAUUUGCUAUUUGAAACCAAACUCUCUGCUUCACAUAUGUCAAGGAAAAAAAGGAGGUCUUAAAGACUUCCGUGUUAUCCAAGCAGAUUUCAAUCCAUGCUCCAUUAGCAUUUAUUCCACAGCAGAGCUAACUCUGAAGAGCAUUCACUAGCAAGUAUUUACUAAGAACGAGGAUACAUCAAUGCUGAAAAAAAAUUGUUUCUUGAAAGAAAGAUUUUGAGUCAGGUAAGAUUAAACUGGUCAUGAAUACAAACUCAUUUAGGUAUAGAUAACCCAAGUCUAUCUGUUUAAACUCAGCCCAUGGCUAUGUACAGGCCAAUUCUCCAUGAUACCCACAGGCCUGAUCCACUAAAAUGAACAGCCCUGUGAUGUUUUCUCAGCUCAUCUUACUGGGCUGUAUAGGAGUAGCCUUAAGAACAAGAUCCAUAAAACCAUCAUGAUGGUUUGUAAGAAACAGCAACAGAAAGAACUGUGGCUUUGACUCUACGACCACCACUGAAACAGAAGACAGGGAAAUGGGGUUCAGAAACAGCAUAACAAUAGCUAACUUCAGCUGCUUGGUAUUAUCAAGGCUGAGUUAAGGCUAGAAAGUCAAGAAGACUUUGAAACAGGAGAGGCUUUGCUCAUCAGAAAACUUCCAGAGAUGGUAUUUGGCUGUACCUCCUGUUGAAUUUCCUCCAUGAUACUGUUUUCAUUGCUCAUAUAACUUGAGUGGCUGAAUGAUGAACAUUCCUAAUAGAAAUUAAUUACAUGGUUUUCUCAAGAAAGAAAGGAAAGAAAGGAAAGGAAGAAAGGAAAGGAAGAAAGGAAAGGAAGAAAGGAAAGGAAAGAAAGGAAUGGAAGGAAGGGAAGAAAGGGAAGAAAGGGAAGAAAGGAAGGGAAGAAAGGGAAGGAAAAAAAACAGUUCUAAUGUAAUAAUCUUAGGUAAUCCCCCAUAACAAGCCCACUAUUAUUCACCAUUUUCCAUCUAUUUUCUCAAAUGUGUCUCAGAAGUCACUGUAGACUCCAAGAGGUACAGACCUCAGCCUUAAGUGUUUGAAUUGAUACAAUUCAAAAUAAUAGUCACAUAGCCUGAUGAAUCUGAAACUUACACAUAUUAGUGCACAGCGCUUUGUUUAUGCAGCUUGUGAAAUCCUCACGUUCAAACAGUUGGACUUUGAUAAUGUCAAACUAAACAAGAGAGCAAAAACCUUUGAAUGAUGCAAAUUCAGUGUUGUACCUUUGUUUUGCAUGAACUGCAUUCAGUUAUAUUCAGCUUCUGAUGUGUAUGUGAAGCAACCUGUACCAGAAGGUUCACUAUUAAAAUGCAGGACGUGGAUGGCUUUGGCCAUAUCCUUUGGCUGUCACAGUGACACUAAUUAUUUAAUUCUUAUGCUUUGAUGAAGCGGAAAAAGAAUGUUUAAGAAUUACAGAGGACACAUUGAUUCUGUGUUGGAAUGACAAUACAGUUAUGAAUAUUGUUUUGUUGUUGUAUUUUUUUUUCUUUCAUUAUGGUAGAAAACAGCAUAUAUGUUGCACCUUAUCAAAAACAAUGUUUGGAAUCUAUUUUUUAAAUAAAACUG